AUGGGAAUGGAAGGACAAUUCUGGAUUGUAAGGAAGUAUCAUAUGGAGGAUGCAAAUAGAUGGAUAGAUUUUAAGAAUCAAGCAUGCAAUUUGUUAAUUAUUGAAAAUAUAAAAGAUCCAGAAAAAUUAGUAGAGAUGUUGGAAUGUUUUCAUCAGCAUUUGUAUAUUGAUAAGGUGGGAAAUUGUAUAGCAGAAAAAACAUAA